AACCGGGAUGAGGAGGUAGCUUGGAACGGAGUGUUAUGACAGACGCGUAGAGGAUACAGUGGAAGGCCGCGGGAUUCCAGGAUGUGUGCUAAACGUUCCCUACCGGGUGGGGGGAGCUUGGGCCCGGGAAAAAAAUCGAGACUCGAUGUGGAUCUGGUCAUGAUGAAGAUUCGGCAAGAGUACAAUGAACGUUGUUCUUGCCGGAAAAACUUCAAGCUAUGCACAAUCAUGCAGCAUAUGCUCUACGCCUAUAUAGACAACAGAACUCUGGUCGACAGACGGAUAAACGAACUUGUAGAAUCCGGCCGUCUAAGAGCAAUCCGACUUGGAAUCCAAGAUGAAGAAACCGCUCUCGUCGAUCUCGAAGAAUACGUCCAGUUUUGUCUGAUCAAACCGAAAAAUCUUGCUUUGAUGGAGAAAUUCGUGGGCAUGGUGAACCUACAUCCCAGUCAAGUUUAUACCCGAGAAGAGCUGUCGGAAGUAUUCAGCGAGAAGGACGUGAGCGAACUUGUCCAGAUGGGGGUUCUCACCCGCAGAAAUAUAAUUGGUUCAUACUGGCUUAGCGUGCCCGGCAUCGGGAAAUUCGUCAAAUCUUUGGAGAAGGGUCGGAAGGCGCUCCAGCUUCACUUGCGGAGGAGCAAAUUCAAGCAACUCCUGAGGACGUCACUCGAGGAGAAAAAGUUCUCUCAAAGUAAUCUAAGCUCGACAUUCCUCAUCGAUGACGCGAUCGGCAUUGAUGCUGUAACCGUGGUCGAAAGCACCUGCGGAGCCAUGCUGAGACUGAAUGACUGAGCAGCGAAGUCCUGACAACACAAGGACUAGAGAACAGGAUCCGGUCCUUCCGGAAUCCCGAAAGUAGGAAAGCCCAGAGAUUGUCACCCUCAACAUCUCCGGAAACUGACGAGCCUGCGAGAACAUUCGAUCGCGGUUAUGGGGUCCGAUCGUGUCAUAGAACCGCAUUCACGCUCCUCGAGUCGGCAAGACGCUUCCGUGCGUAAGCGAGGGGGAGAACGCUCGUCAUCGCCCUUCAGAAUCGACCGUUUUCGCCGCCGAGACGCGGAUUCUCUGAGAAUAUAAAUGAGUACCUGAGACUAUCAGUCCGGCUGACUC